AUGAGGAAUAUAGGUGAGAGUCUUAACAGUCAAUUUAAAAGACACAAGAAUGGACUGGAAUUCGUGGGCGUUGGACUUGUGCGUAAAUGGUUGCCCGGCGCCCUACAAGACCUUCGGUGCCGCUGUGCCUGCUGGUGGUCGUCGCGGCCCCAGACAACGGCCCUGGGGAACCCCUGGUGUGGAACGACGCCCGGGCAAAGUGCGGUGAAGCCAACGGCGCUCUGGCUGUCAUUGACAAUCAUGACAAGCUUCAGCUGCUGUCCAAGUUCAUCGAUGAGAAAUAUCCAGCGGAAACAAAGGGAGGGUGGACUUUACCUUGUUGGAGCUCAGAACGUCAAUUCGAAAUGGAUUUGGUCCAAUUCUGCCGACGUGGAACUGCAAUCCAAUCUGUGGGUACCAAGCCAUCCACAGCCACAGAAUGAGAUCUCCAUGUUAGUGCCCAUCGACAAGACACACGGAAGACGCUACAUCAUUAGCAACGCCCCCAAUACUUUUGCUCCUGGUUACAUUUGCGAACGAUUCUAAGACUUACAAGUUGGUUGGUGGUUGGAGAAAUCUGUCAUGAGGCUUGCAUGAGUCGGUCGUAACGGCUGGGUCAUGGAAGCUUUGAUAUGAAAGCGUUUAUGUAAGCAGAUUUCUACAUAAUUGGAUGAUAGAGAUAAGAGAUAAUCAUCUUUGAUAUUUAAGUUAC